CAAAGCAGAGGAAUAGCGUAGGCAGUGGGCAGAGAAGGCAGAGGCAGCAGGGCAAGGCAAGGGUGGCGUGGGGCGGCAAUCAGCUGACUGGUCGCCGCGGGGACAGCACAAGUAACACAACACAGCCCACCCCGGCGGCGCCUCCACGCGUGUAAGCGGCGCCCUGCACACCCCAGCCACCACCAACACGCCACACUACCCUGCACGUAUUGUUCCCCUUGCAUGUGUGAUCAUGUCUGAGACAGAUGGAGCAGUGGAGGUGGUGCCAGUCCCAGUGAGUGAGGCGGCCCAACCGCAGACCAAAAAGCGUAGGGCCUCUGAGAACGGCCUUCAUGCUCUUCAUAAGAAUGGCUCAGCAGAUAAGGAUAAAAACGUUGACGACAGCUAUUUUGCGUCAUACUCUGACAUUGAGCUUCACCGCACCAUGAUAGAGGACAGCGUGCGCACCAAUGCCUACCAGCAGGCAAUAUUCCAGAACAUGGAGGAGCACAUCCGCAACAAGGUGGUGGUGGAUGUGGGUUGUGGCACUGGCAUCCUCAGCAUGUUCUGUGCACAGGCUGGGGCCAAAAAGGUGUAUGCUAUUGAUGCCUCAAAAAUUGCAGUCCAUGCCAAGCAGCUGAUAGAGGCUAAUGGUUACAGUGAUAUCAUAACAGUGCUUCAGGGAAAGGCAGAGGAGGUGGAGCUUCCAGAAAAAGUGGAUGUUAUUGUUAGUGAGUGGAUGGGAUACAUGCUUCUUUAUGAGACCAUGCUGCCUUCUGUGCUCUACGUGAGGGACAAGUGGCUCAAGCCGGGAGGCAAGAUGUAUCCGGAGCGGGCUGUGCUACACAUGGCUCUUGGUGAGGCCCAGUGGAUCACCAAGUAUGAGGAAGGAACCUAUGACUUUUGGGUCUCCCUCAACCACGUGUACAACCUGGACAUGUCCCUGCUGGCAGAUCAUGCUGUUGUCCGCUACAAAGAUGUGGUUCACGUGCACAUGGUGGCUCAGGAGGAUGUGCUCAGCUUCCCUACAUCCAUCUGUGACCUUGACCUGACCACCAUCACACCUGAAGAUCUGAGGACCAUCUCUCGACCCUUCUCCCUCUACAGUAUGGGGUCUCGGCAGCUCAACAGCAUUGUGUUGUGGUUUGAUGUGUGGUUCCCUGGUGGCCUCAAGCUGUCCACUUCCCCUGACAAUGAGGACACACACUGGCAGAACACAGUCUUGCCUCUCGCCACAGUGCCUCUGCAGCAGGACACCAAGGUGGAAGGGGAGCUCACCAUCACACAGGAUCUCACAAAUCAUCGAUUUCUCAAUGUGGAUCUCACAUACCGGGUGGACAAAGGUGAGGAGGUCACCCGCUGCUUUAAGAUGGAUGACAAUUGCAAUGACAAUGACUUUUGAGUGCAGGCUGACUGGUCCUCCCCAAGAGUAGAUUGCCAUGUCACAGAAAGGCCUGACCAGGUUGAGGAAAUCAUGCUUAGGUCGUUUUGGAAAGGAAGAAAUGCAUCACUUGGUGGGGCAGUCCAGGUCUUAGGUGAGGACUUGGAGCUCUUGGAAGCACUCUAUGAGAUAAGGAUAUAGAGUGGUUUAAAGCCUUUGCCUCUUGAUGCCACUUAUAUUAGCAUUUAAGGUAUUUUUUCUCCAUCAGCUUAAGAGAUAAUACAAAUAAUUGAGUAAUGGCAGCAGUAAUAGAAAUAUCUGAUCUCGCUUCCAAAGAAUUUGUACUUACUAUAAAAUGUUCUGUGAUUCCUGCCUUUUUUAAGGUAAGUUCAGGUGUUAUAUAGGUCUUGUGGUCUUUCACUGCAGUACAACACUUCUUUUUCAAGAAAACAUAGGUAUUGGGCAGUCAUGUAGAAGCACACAAGUCAAGAGGUUAAGUACAAGUACAAAUGACUUGUAUAAUAUCACAAGAAAUGCCUUAAACUUACCUCUUUCAGAUCAUGUCAAGCUUGUGUGUCUGUAUCACUCAGAGGUUCCCUAAAUUUUCCUGAUCAUUCCCCAUGUUUGUCUGAAAAUCUUUAAUGAUCCCCCUUUGGAAUCCCUGUGUUGCUAAGGAAUGUGAUGGCUGUUUCAUGCUAUCAGCUGGUUCCACACAUAAAAACCUGCUAUUGAAAAAUAUUAAUUGAAAGUAAAUGGUAUUUGUCCCUUGAAUAUUUACAAUCAAUAACUAACAACACAAAAAGUCACUUUGGUGCUUUUUUGCAUAUUUCUUGUGCAGUUACCAAAUUCCCCCAGUGAGAAAUUUCCUUCCUUUGGGAACCCCUGCAGCUAACUAUUGAAGAGACAUACUACCUAGCAACUUUGCCGUCCAUGCGUGUUAUGUCAGAAUUGACGGACCGUGGGUUGAGCAGCCAGUAGUGGACACAUCCACCAGGUGGUGUGCACACAACACUGUUACCUCAAGGUGUUAUGUACCAUGAAGCACAUAAUAGAGCAAAUAACCAUGCUCAAAAGAGAACAAUGAUAAUAGAAACUAUGAAGAUUUAGAUUGCAAAUCAACACAUAAUGAUUAAGGAAAAAUCUACUGUAUGUGCAUUCAUUCCACAUUUAUGGACCAUUUCUGAAUCAUUGCUCCUCCUUUGUAUCAGUGUUGCAGAUUUUGCAAUCUCUUUUUAUAAGACCAUAGUAAAAAUACAAAACAUGUGUCUGUAUUAGGAUAUUCUCACAGUAAUACUUGUAGUUUGUGUGUGUGUGUGUGUGUGUGUGUGUGUGUGUGUGUGUGUGUGUGUGUGUGUGUGUGAUGAUAAUAGUUAGUAAUAUGAGUCAGCAUAACUUAUUAGUAAUGUCUCUUGUGCAAGUAACAAAAAAAGCUAAUAGUUAUGAAAUCGGUGGCAUUUAUGGUAACAUUGCCGUGUGUUGACCUGGUGUUCUCAGGGUCCUUCAGGUACAUCAGGCAUGACACACCUGCAGGUGGUGUACCCAGUUUAAUUAUGUAGUACAAUUUUUUCUUUUUUAACUGCAUGCAGCUCUAAACUUUGUAAAGGAAUGUGUUAAUUUUCAAAUAUUUUCAUAUCCAUAUUUUGACAAUUUAAGAGUUUAUGACUGCAUUUGUAUAUAUAUUUAGUUAUUCUGAUUAUAAUUUCCCAGUGAAUAAUUUCAACUUGUUCAACACAUUACCAUAGUGAGAUGUUACUGCACCAAAAAUAGGUAUCCAAAAUAAUUUCUUAGUUUCAAGGGAAUUAAACUUUUGGGAAGACGAGUGUUCUUGGUAUGUUUCAAGAUAGGAAUAUUUACUAGAUGGCAGUCUUCAUGUGUAUGUAUGUAGUGAUUUAGCUUGUAUGUUUAGGAUGGAUUUUUAUUGUGUACUUUGUAAAUAUGGUCAGUCUUUUGUUUUUUGUGUAAUACAAGCUGAAUUCCAAUAUAAUAGUGUAUACCCCUAUUACUGUGAAGCCCAUGUGUGACUGAUACUCAGCUUUUGCCUUGGCCAUGGAGGGGUCCUGUGUCAUAGAGAGAGAGAAACUUUUUGCACUUAACUUACGAGUAGCUUGCAUCAAGCAAGUGGGUGUUAGGUUGCAGCAAUGUAACCGAUUCAGAAUUUUUGAAAUGUUCUUAAUAUUUUGUUAUCAAGUGUAUCCCUUUUUAAAUACAUAUGUAUGGUAACUCUGGUUGCAUAUUGAUAUUUUAGCUUUGUCGCUUCAUAUGCUUAUGAUGCAAUAUUCCUUUGAUUUUCUGAAAUGCUUUUAAACUCCAUUUCAUUGACUAGUGAGAAUUAUAUUCUUGUUUUGCACACUUUUCAACAAUGUUGUAUGCUUUGCUGAAAGUUAAAUAUUUAUCUGUAUAUAUAUAAUUUGUAAUUUUUUCAUGGGUAAAACAGCAAAGGGAAUGGAUUGGUGGGUGGUUCAGGGGGGGUAAAGCAUAGUAUUUUGACAUGAUUUGGAUAUUUUAUAAGAAUGAAUGAUAGUGAGUUUGUGAAGAGAGUGUACACUAAUGAAAUUGAAAAAUGAUAAAUGAAGGUGAGGUAAUUGGAUUAAAAAGUAUUGGGGGAAGACAAUUAAGUUUUGAUAAAGCAGUGAGGGAAUGUCACAACAGAAGAUGGAGACCUUUCUGCCAUGGCCAGCCCCUUGUAGAUCUCUGGAAGGCAUGAGGCAUCACAAAACUAGAUAGGAAAAUAGUGUUUGGGCCACCCUGUGAAAUUAAGAGAGGAGAUAACAAAGAAAAGAUGAAAAGUUUAUCAGGAAAGAAUAUACUGUAAGUGAGAAAGAAGGUUCUUAUGAUAGGAACAGAAUGUUAAAAUACUUGAGAGGGGGCUUGGAUGCACAUAGGUGAAGUGUACUGAUGAAAGCAAACAGAAUCCUCCAUUGUAGCCAAAAUUUGAAGGGAUUUCAAGAAAAAAAAUCUAAAUAGACAUAUAUCGGACAGCAUAAAAAAAUAAGUGCAAAAUAUAGCCAACAUACUGAAUUUUUAUAUUAAAAUGUGUAAAUUAUUAUUUUUUCAUAUCUUCUGUCAAACAAAUAAGUGUAAUCAUCAGUUUCCCUUUGUACCUUACACAGUGACAUCCAUCACUUAGCAUCAGUCUUUGUACUACUGCUAGAGACACUGGUAUAUUACAUAACAUGCAUGGUUGAUGACUCCUUGCCAUGUACUCCACAGUGUUCAGCAUGUCUGCCAUAAUUAUUCAACUUGCUUCACACUCUUACUGUUCUUGCCUUGUCCAGUUUGCAACAGUGCAUUGAAGGUGAGAACUUCACCUGAAGUGUGCCACUCAGAUUUCAAUUUCUGCAGAAAGUUUUAGUACAUGAGAUGCAUUUUAGUAAACAAGAAUCAAUCUGUGGCAACUGCUUUCAGGGGAUGUUACUUAAAAGAGAGAGAGAUAGAUAAAGAUAUCUCAAAAUCACCUUGUGCCUUACAUGCUCAAGGACAGACUUUGGAUCAUUGCCAAGAGGUAGUGCCAGUGCUGCAGCAUCAGUGAUCAUAACUGAUCUCCAAACAUGUCUGCAAACUUUCUUAUGUUUGUGAUUUUUAUUUGGUUUCAAAAUGUAACUAUUUGGUGGAAAUUAUAACAAGGCCCCAUAUAUUCUUGGAAAUACAUGGUAUUUAUCAUUGAUUGAUUAGAGGUUAGGAUUCUGGUUUUGCAGCUGAUGAUCAACAAGAUGGAGCUACUGUAAUGAACCACAACAUGAAGACAUGAAUAUUUGCCACUCUCAGGCUUUAUUCUUUUGUAGAGAGUACAUUUAUUCCCCCAAAAUACAUCAUGCAGUAGGCUUUCAUGUUCUGGACUCUAUACUUCUUUUAAAAAUGUUGUAGGAUGUAUUUCUAUUUAAUAAGCCAGUCCAGUAUAGAUUUCAAGGCAGUCUGGCCAGACUGAAUUCACUGCCUUACCCAACUACACUACUGACAAACUUGUGUUACAGUGACCAUCCUUGCUUACAUUAAGACUGUAUGUCAGAAGUGUGCCACUUAAAGGCUCAAAGGGUGCUACCUCCACACUACUACUUGAAAAUAUAUUGUUUAGAGUGUAUAUACCUUCAUUCAGAUGGAAAAGUCAUGUCAUGAUCUGAAUUUCAAUAAUAAUUGAACACACACACACACACACACACACACUUCAUACAUACUUACCAGAUGGUUUACUUUAUGAAGAAUGGAUAUUUUAUGUUCAUAGAGGUCUUAUGGAGGACACUGCUUCUGUUGUGGGUUUAUAAUUAGCAAAUGUUUGCUUGUGUAACAUGCAACAUUUCUGGAAUAUUACUGUGCAUUUCAAGAACAAAUUAUGAGUUUUCUUUUUAAAGAUGUAAUAUACUCUGUUUUAUUGGAUGAACUUGCCUCCAAAUAGUGUAGUUUAUUGCAGGAUGAGGAAGAAUAACUACUACCACUGAUGCAUCAAUAACUUUACAGUACAGGUGUGGUGAUAGUAUCAAAAAUGAAUAUAUAAUUAGAUUAUUGCUACCUGUACACCACAUUUUUGUGCUUCACACACUUAAUUUCCUAUAAUUGUAAGACAUACCAUAACAAUUCCUUCUCUGUAUGAUAUUAUGUUGUCAAGUACCACAGUCUUGUAGAAUGUGGGUAUCAUUCUGUUGUGAUGAUACCACGUCCUGUGUGUCGGUGCUUGUGUCUCGUAGCUAAGCUGAAUGUCACAAAGGAGUGCAGGUGUCCUCAGCACAGUGCCAUGUGAAAGUGAAGCUUAAGUGUAACCACAAUAGUAUUACUUGUCUUCCUGUAGUCAGUGCAUACAGAGUGUAUUUAUGCAAUAAAAGAGAAAAAUGA